GAUAAUAUUGGUAAAGAGAACUCUUCUGCUGUAACUUUAGAAAAAGAUACAAUAAUGCAACCAGAAUUUAUAGUAGAUUGGGCCCGAGAAACAAUUAAAGAUUUUAGUGGGCAUCAAGUUUCUUCUGACUAUAUCAAAAUAAAAUUAAAUUAUUGGUUAAUUCUCAAUAUUUCUUUAUUUGCUUUAACACAGAAUUCAGAAGCUAAAGCAAGGCUUCAAGAAGUGUUACGAGAUUGGUUACCAACACCCGAAG